UGCGGAAGCCGGAAGCGAAAAACCGGAAGCAGGAAGUGGGAUCCCUGGAAGGAAGAGAAAAACAACCGGGACUGGUUUCGACGGAGCGGAGUUUCGCCUGAACGUCCUUCCUUCUUUCCCGGAGCUGAAAUACCGCCUUCGCCGCCGCCGCCAUGUCUAACAUGGAGAAACAUCUCUUUAACCUGAAGUUUGCUGCCAAAGAGCUCAGCAGAAACGCCAAAAAGUGCGACAAAGAAGAAAAAGUUGAAAAGGCCAAAAUUAAAAAGGCAGUUCAGAAAGGCAACACUGAAGUUGCAAGAAUACAUGCGGAAAACGCAAUCCGGCAGAAGAACCAAGCCAUCAACUUCUUGCGGAUGAGCGCCCGGGUGGAUGCUGUGGCAGCAAGGGUUCAGACAGCAGUCACAAUGGGCAAGGUAACAAAGUCAAUGGCUGGAGUAGUUAAAUCUAUGGAUGCUACUUUGAAAAGCAUGAACCUGGAAAAGAUAUCUGCUUUGAUGGACAAAUUUGAACAGCAGUUUGAAACUUUAGACGUUCAGACAGCACAGAUGGAAGACACAAUGAGUAACACCACUACAUUAACAACACCACAAAACCAGGUGGAUCUGCUUCUACAAGAAAUGGCAGAUGAAGCUGGCCUUGACCUGAACAUGGAGCUACCUCAGGGACAGACUGGAUCUGUGGGCACAAGUGUUGCUUCAACAGAACAGGAUGAACUCUCGCAAAGACUGGCACGCCUUCGCGACCAAGUGUAGCAGCAAGAGACCCCUCUGCCAUCUUCCGCAUAUGCAUCCAAAGCAUUCUGUGUACAUAAACCAGAACCUGACUGGAAUCUCUGUCUCUAAUCUGUCUAGAUAUUUAAAUAGCAGACUAAUGGGCACUUGUCAUGUUUGUUUCUUGCCGCGCUUUCUACAAAAGACGUUAACUCAAAGGUGGUGUGAUUUUCUAGUUCUGUAUAGUACACUUUUGAAACUGGCGGUUAUAUUUUUGCAGAUAUCUCUACAAAGACACUUACUCUUAGAAAGUGUCACAGCAGACCAUCAUACUGAAAGAAAAGCAGUACCCUUAGUGUAUAUGCUAAGUUAUAUAGCAGGGUUUUAAAUUAUGAAUGAUGUUUAUAGUUGAAUUUCAGAGAAGGUGCAUGCUAUUCAUUCGGUCAUUACGCCAAAUGUUUAAAGAAAAAAGACCAAUUGGGCAGAACACAGUAUUUGUGUGUUUGUGUAUUUGUGUAUUGUUUAACCAUCACUGGAUAAAAUUCCAUGAUAUUACAUAACAAACAUGCGUGUAGUAAAGAUAAAUCAAAAUCAUAGUUGUUUUUUUGUCCUCAUCGCUGAAAGUUGGCAUUGUCACUUCGGUAUUGAUGGAAUAAAAUAUAUUUUUCAACAUUCUUGUUGAGAGCUUCCCUUAAAAUUCAUAUUGCAGCCAACCAGGGUUAUCAGAAAUGUUUCUUAAAUCAAUUAAAGUGCCUCCUUUUAAAUGUUUUCCUGUGUGGCAGUUCGUUUUCCUUUGCUGUGAAAGGGCCUAGAAGGGUCACACUGAUGUCUCAUAAACGAAAAUGUGCUUGUAUAAAUAAAAACACAUAUUGAUGUCUUAA